AUGCGACACUUCCGCUCGCGCCUCACAGGGCAGCACAGAUCUAUCACCUUCGACUUGGAGGGCUACUACUCCACCGUCGUCCGGGGACCUGUGCAUGGUGGGCACCAGAUCCAGGAGCGCAUCUCCGACCACCUCCACCCGUGGAGCUGCAGAGCUGCUCCGCACAGUUUUGGGUCUGCGCCGCGGACAUCUACACCAUCUACGAGCUACGAGCGGGGUUCUUCAAGGAUGAUGGCGAGCUUUUCUGCCAGCCGCCCGCUCUCUCCUCCCUCUCUUCUUGCUCGCCAGUCUCCAUUCGCCGCCGCCCGCUCGUGUGGCCUGGUUGUGCGCCAUUGGCAAAAAAUCUCCUCCAAGCUGGUGUCCAACUGCCUGUUCCGGAUGGGCGGCACCGCGGUGCUACUCUCGAACCAGCGGUCCGACCGGCGGCGGGCCAAGUACGAGCUGGUGCACACGGUGUGCACGCACAAGGGCGCCGACGACCGGUGCUUCGGCUGCGUGACACAGAAGGAGGACGGCGAGGGCGUCCUAGGCGUGUCGCUGUCGAGGGACCUGAUGGCGGUGGCGGGUGACGCGCUCAAGACGAACAUAAGGACGCUAGGCCCGCUGGUGCUGCCACUGUCGGAGCAGCUGCUGUUCAUGGCGACGCUGGUCGCCAAGAAGCUGCUCAAAAUGAAGAAGGUGAAGUCGUACAUCCCGGACUUCAAACAGGCGUUCGAGCACUUCUGCAUCCAUGCCGGCGGCCACGCCGUGCUGGACGAACUGGAGAGCAACCUGGCGCUUACGGAUUGGCACAUGGAGCCGUCGCGGAUGAUGCUUCACCAGUUCGGGAACACGUCCAGUAGCUCGCUCUGGUAUGAGCUAGCCUACAGCGAGGCCAAGGGGAGGAUCCGGCACUGCCACCGGGUGUGGCAGAUUGCGUUCGGGUCAGGGUUCAAGUGCAACAGCGCCGUGUGGAGGGCGCUCCGGUCGGUGAACCCGGCGGAGGAGACGAACCUGUGGAUGGACGAGAUCGAUAGGUUUCCCGUGGAUGUUCCCAAGGUCUCUAAAGUUUCAAGCGACUGA